ACUUGUAAUGGACAUUGGUAGCACCGUUUAUUGUCUAUCUAUCGGAGUGCCCAGUCUGUCCGAUGUAUGAUCUGCUGAAAUUAGUUUACCACAUUCCAGUCAUGCAAUCCCCAACACAGCUGCACUACCUGAGUGCUGUUUUGCUUGCACUUGGUCAUGUGACCCCCGCUCCGCUAUAAGUCGUUGCAGACUAGCGGAGACCUUACCUAGGUAGAUCUCCAAAUUUUUUCCCUUUGCUUUCUCCUCCUACAUACGACUUCCGACAACAACAAUUCGCAAUCAUUUGCUUUCCAAGGUUGCCUUUGCCAUUGCCAUCAUGGGAUUGAAGUCAUCAGCGGCUAAGCCCAAAGCGGGAUCGCUCCUCGCUUCGGACAAGGCGCGAUCUCCCAAAGCCAGACUGGGAAAGAUGAGAGGAGUCCUGACUAGAUGGAAACACAAAUUGGACAGAAGUGACAGCAAUCGCCUCAAGAUGCCUCUCCGUCGUUCAAGCCGCGCCUCAUUGAGGUCCCUCGAGUCGACCAGAAACUCCUCCCAAACCCUCCUUGGCCGCCUUCCCGGCGCGCGCUCCUCGUCAUUCAGCUUCAGUAGCCGUUCGACCACCCUUCCGGUACGCGCCUUGAGGCCCAUUGAAGAAGAAUACACGAUCCCAGAGUUCGAUCAAGAAACCGAUCUGAAGGUGAUCGUCGAUGACCUUCCCUUACAAGCCGAUCUUGACCUAGCACUCGAGAGAUUGAUCCCAAGUCUUGAGUAUAAGGAUCCAGGCAAGGCUUGUCCUUCUAAGGAUAGGGAUUGUCCAUAUGGGUAUUGCCCGUGCGAGCCUUAUCCCACGCAAAAGAUCGAUCUGAGCAGCCCUAUGUUUCCUUGGUUUAAGUUGCCACUCAAGAUCAAGCAAAGAAUCUACGAACUCUGCUUUCCGCACGAGGACCGAAGGAUUUCACUUAUGAGACCAAGCCUGACCGAGGCAGCGUUUCCGGCCGACUACUUUGCAUCGCCAUGGGAUGUUCUGGACCCUGUCUGGGGCCUCCUUGAGUGUUGUUACGCCUGGCGUACUGAGGUCCUGGCAUAUUUCUGGUCCCAGUUCCACUUCCACGUUACUUUGAACGAGUUCACCGGACCACUUACCUGUCAAUUGUCUCAUGUCUGGCUCGUUGAAAACCUUUCGAUGGUUCAGAGACUGACUAUUGAGAGAGACUACACACGUUUGGCAGGCAGCGCUAAGAAGAAUGCAGAUCAACUCAGUUUCAAAGUCGCUGCAAAGGUCCGAGCAACGGUUCAGACGUAUGUGAAGGAGUUGUUGAAGCGUGCAGAUGGAAUGCACAUGGCUGAACUGCAUGUUAUGGCAAGAGGUUAUGUUGGCUGUCGACCUGGAACAGAAUCCCGAUAUGUCCCUGAGGCAAUCGAAGAUAAUGUUGCCCCUAUCUUGGAACUCUCCAAAAUCUUGAAGCGCUGCCGAAUGUCGGGCUUUUCACGCACUUUCUCGAACUCCGUGCUACAAAGUCUAUUUGAAGACCGAAUCGGAAGAGUUGUCCCCAGUGUCCCAUUCGACAAUGCGUGGCCUUCUCUUAUGGCUUGUACUUUGGAGGGUCUUUACACUCCUUCCAUUAUGUCCACAUCAGAGCUUGAGCAAGGAGUCAAAUGGUCAAUCAAGACGAAGGAAAUAUUGAAGAAGAAGUUCAUCAAGAAAUCUUCGAAGGCCGAGAAGAACGGGGCAAAGGGAAGUGACAAGAAUGCAGAAACUCGUCUAUUUACGCCACCUGCACCAACUUCUAUUCCUCAAUUGGGUUCGACUUUUGCACAUAUCGAGGUCCUUCCACAAAACUCUAUCACAAAGAAUGGUCGCAGUCCCACUGUAGCCCAUGAUCCAGGUGCGGCAAUUAAUUUUCGGUACGAAGCAUGUCCUACCAAGCACUGGCACUCACUCUGCACGACCGACACAAGUCAUGAAUGCUACUGAGUCCGAGAAGAAUGCAAAGGCAUCUAGAGUGAGAAUGGUGUCGGAAAUCAUUGGAG